AGGAGACAUAAUACAACGCUACGAACUUUAAUACAUGAAUAACUAGACGAGUGAAGGAAAUCAAUUAACUUUUCCUUGUGGUAGAAAAAAAUAAUAUACGCAAGGCAAUAAGCUGUAUUUGGAUACGUAGCCUUGGUUAACAAAUGCUAUCAGCGCUAAUUCAGUUAGCAGCGCUAGCCGACUGUUAACUAGCAGUCGUUGCCUCUCCUUCAGUUGCAUAGAACUCACAAGAGACCUUUAAGAAGACAAAUAUAAUCCAUGACCGUGUUUGUAUCAUUCUCGGUUUCAGGUAGCAUCAGUUUUGUUGAUGUGAGGACCGACGAACGAAGUGAAAUGAACGAUAUCGAGCCGAACCACACGAUGUCAACCUCAGCUAACCAAUGGCAGGCUAGUUAACGCUGUUCUUGUUGUCGAUAGCCGUCGGAUGCUAACUUCUAUAGGAGCUUACAUAAUUUAUUUCAGGUGUUUAUACUUUCGUCUUGGCUAGCACUGGCUAAUACAAGCAUCCUCGUCAAGGCGAUAGAAAGUAAAAAUUAAAAAAGGGGGGGAAAUGGCAGGCGACGUCAGCAGCAUCCCUGAAUUGGACCAAAAUAAAUAUGAUGCAGAUGAAGAAGUGAAGAUCAUCUGUUUGGGAGACAGCGCAGUUGGUAAAUCUAAACUGAUGGAGAGGUUCCUCAUGGACGAAUAUCGUCCCCAGCAGCUGUCAACCUAUGCUUUGACCCUCUACAAACACACAGCCACUGUAGGAAACAAGAAAGUAGCGGUUGAUUUCUGGGACACUGCUGGUCAGGAGAGAUUUCAGAGCAUGCAUCCGUCAUACUAUCACAAAGCACAUGCAUGCAUCAUGGUCUUUGAUGUUCAAAGGAAGAUCACAUAUAAGAAUCUGGCUAACUGGUAUAAGGAGGUGAGAGAGUACAGACCGGAGAUACCCUGUUGUGUGGUUGCCAACAAAAUUGAUGCUGAUUUGAAGGUGACACAGAGAAGCUUUAACUUUGGGAAGAAGCAAGGACUCCCAUUUUACUUUGUAUCAGCUGCUGAUGGGACAAAUGUAGUUAAGAUGUUCAGAGAGAUGAUCAAGAGAGCAGUGGACUACAAGCAAAACCCCAGUGAUUUCAUGGAUGAAGUGAUGCAAGAAUUAGAGAACUUUGACCUGGAGAAGAAGGAAGAUAAUUCAGAAGCAGAUGAGGAUGGAUUGAAAGCAGAAAGUCCUGAGUCAGUCUGAUAGAUGUUUACAGAUCCUCCAAACCCUCUUAUCGUCUCAUGGAUAAUUCAUCUUCCUCUGGGGCUGAUCAGAACAAAGGGAACGUGUGAUUAUGAACCGCAUUUGCUGCUGUUCUCGAUGUUUGUAGUGUUGUGUGCAGUGCCAGCAGGGAGCUGCGUCUGUUGGCACUUUUUCUUGCAAUCAUUUUAUGAUGUAAAAGUCUGUUUUUCAGCAUGUGUUCAAUGAAGAUUUGAU